AUGGACAUGAUGCAUAAAGUGUUUAAGGACUAUUUGGAUAAAUUUGUAGUGGCGUUUAUAGACGAUAUCCUUAUCUACUCAAAGACUAAGGAGGAGUGUGAGGAACACUUAAGGUUGACGCUCAAUAGAUUACGAGAGCACCAACUCUAUGAUAAGUUAUCUAAAUAUGAGUUUUGGUUGGAACAAGUGACCUUCCUAGGUCAUAUAGUGUCUAAGAAUGGAAUAGCAGUGGAUCCAGCAAAGGUCGAGGCCAUUAGAGACCGGCCCCAACCAAAGAAUGCCUCAAAGGUUCGAUGCUUCUUAGGGUUAGUAGGCUACCAUUGGGAGUUUGUUGAGGGUUUCUCUAAGAUUUCCACACCCUUGACCAACCUAACUCACAAACACCAAAAUUUCACAUGGACUGAGAAGUGUGAAGAAAGCUUUCAGACUAUGAAAGAUAAGUUGAUCUCUACACCAAUCCUUUGUGCUCCCUCAGAGGGAGGGAAGUUCGUGGUGUAUUUUGAUGCAUCUAAGAGUGGAUUGGGGUGUGUGUUGAUGCAGGAUGGGAAAGUGGUAGCCUACGCCUUGAGGCAGCUUAAGGACUAUGAGCAGAGAUACCCCACCCAUGAUCUUGAACUAGCAGCAGUAGUGAUCGCACUAAAAAUAUGGAGGCACCACCUGUAUGGAGAUAAGUGUUAG